AUGGCACAAGUAGCAAAACCAUCAGCAGCUUCACAAGGCGGAAAGUUCCAAGAUAGAGAAAAGCCAAUGGAAGUUCGCAUGUCUAACAUUAUUGCUGCCAAAGCUGUUGGAGACGCCAUCCGUACAUCCUUAGGUCCUCGAGGAAUGGACAAGAUGAUUCAAACUGGUAACGGCGAAGUUGUCAUCACAAAUGAUGGUGCUACUAUUCUCAAGCACAUGGCUGUUCUCCAUCCAGCUGCUAAAAUGCUUGUUGAUUUAUCUGCUGCUCAAGAUGUUGAAGCAGGCGAUGGCACAACCUCUGUUGUAGUAUUAUGUAGUUCCUUAUUGACAGCAGCAGAAAAGAUGCUUAACAAAGGUAUUCACCCCACCAUUAUUGCCGAAUCAUUUCAAAGAGCGGCCGCAAAGUCAGUUGAAUUCCUUACAGAGAUGGCUACACCUGUGGAUCUAAGUGAUCGUAAUUCCCUUUUACGAGCUGCUUCAACAUCUCUCAACUCCAAGAUUGUCUCCCAAUAUUCUACACUGUUGGCUCCUAUUGCUGUAGAUGCAGUCGUUCGUGUUAUUGACCCAGCUAUUGCCAACAAUGUCAAUUUGAAGGAUAUCCGUGUUGUCAAGAAAGUAGGCGGCACAAUCGAUGAUACCGAACUCGUCGAUGGCCUCGUCCUCAACCAGACUUCUGUUCGUUCUGCAGGUGGUCCCAGCCGUGUUGAAAAGGCAAAGAUUGGUCUUAUCCAGUUCCAGCUGUCACCUCCCAAGCCAGAUAUGGAGAAUCAAAUUGUUGUUAAUGAUUAUAGACAAAUGGACAAGAUCCUGAAAGAAGAACGUCAAUACCUUUUGAAUAUGUGCAAAAAGAUUAAGAAGAGUGGCUGUAAUGUACUUCUCAUUCAGAAAUCAAUCUUGCGAGAUGCUGUGAGUGAUCUCGCUCUUCAUUUCUUGGCUAAAUUGAAGAUUAUGGUUGUGAAGGAUAUCGAACGUGACGAAAUUGAAUUUAUUGCUAAAUCACUCGGAUGCAAGCCCGUAGCAGACAUUGAGUCCUUCACAGAUGACAAGUUGGGUUAUGCGGAUCUUAUAGAAGAAUCAGAGAAUGCUGGUGCUCGUAUCAUAAAAGUCACGGGCAUGAAACACGCUGGAAAGACGGUCUCGGUCAUCUGUCGUGGCGCAAACUCGCUUGUUCUCGAAGAAUCUCAUCGCUCAUUGCAUGAUGCCUUGUGUGUCGUUCGAUGCUUGGUAAAGAAGAAAUUCUUGAUAGCUGGUGGUGGUGCUCCUGAGAUUGAGGUCUCUCAAAAACUGAUGGAAUACGCCAAGACAUUAACCGGAAUGGAACAAUACUGUUUCCAGGCCUUUGCCGAAGCACUUGAAGUCAUUCCUACUACCUUGGCAGAAAACGCAGGUUUAAAUCCAAUUGCUAUUGUCACCGAACUCAGAAAUAAGCACGCCUUGGGUGAAAAGACAGCUGGUAUUAACGUCAAAAAGGGCACCAUUUCCAAUAUUUUGGAUGAAAAUGUUGUUCAGCCACUAUUAGUUACCUCCAGUGCUCUCGAAUUAUCUGCCGAAACUGUCAAGAUGAUCAUGAAGAUUGACGAUUUGGUUCAAAGUCGAUAA